UCGACUUUUGCUCUCCGCAUAGGAAGUUCCAAGCCCCAAAAUGUGGCAGCCACAUAAAUUUUUCGGUUCUCUAAUUGUUCUUAUGAUCGUGAGCACGUCAAGGGCAGAAAUUUCAAACUGCUCUUACUUUGAUACGGUGGAUGGAGCGGAUCCCCAACUUAAGGAUGUUUUAGGGUCCAAAGGGCUAUCUGCUAUGGCGAAGGGAAAUUACAACUUUAAGCUGCGGGCGGAUGGAAAAAAAGUGUUUGUAGAAGAGCAUUCAAGAGUCUGUGUUUGUCACUUGAUGGCUUGCGUUCGGUUCUGCUGUCCCAGCGGGAAAAUGUUGGCCCACGGCAAGUGCAGCGAUGUCCUCGAAAAGGAACUUCUCCUCACCCGUCUACACUUGAGUAAAACCCUCAAAAACCAGUCGGUGGUGGAGCUGCCCGAUGUCUCACAACUGAUUGUAUUAAGGGACCAGUCCUGCGAGGAGAGGGACAGAUUGGGGCCGUUUCCGUAUACAGUGUUAAAGAACGGAACCGCCCUAUCCAAAGACUACAACUGGACUUUACACAAAGCGGAUAACCUUACCUAUAUGUCUGCAGUUUUGACGAAGUUGCGAGCGGGGGUGCGUGAGGUCGCCGUAACUUCACUGAUUUGCUAUAUCCUCACGAUCUUAGCAUAUCUAUACGUGAAAAAACUUCGAAAUCUGACUGGCAAGUGCUUUAUCUGCUGCCUAUUUUGCAUGUUUAUGAAAUGCUUCAUUUGGAUGCUGGAUGCUUGGAAUUUGUUAGACAACAUUCGUUCACCAGCUUGUUACAUUGCAAACUUCUUCUGGUUGGCUUCAUUUCUUUGGUUUUAUGUCUUAAACCAUAAGUUGUGGAAGGAUUUUGGGUGUGACAAAAGUAAGAUUUACCGGGAAAUUCCUUUCGUUUCCUACAACGUUUUUGUGUGGAACACUGCGGCUGUCCUGACCGGAGUUAUCAUUGUAAUAAAUGCUUUAUGGAAGAAAGAGACAUGGUAUCUUAACCAAUAUUUUGUAACGAUCAAAGGCCAGGAUUGGUUUACUCUAAUAUAUUUCUAUGGACCGAUGCUGAUCCUGACCAUCUUCAAUAUAUCCCUUUAUAUCCUCACAACAAUUACUAUCCUUAAGAAAGAGAGGGAAGUGAAGAAAGGUUUGCCUUUCUUCCUGGAGAAGUGCUUGAGUUUUGUAAUGUGGCUGCGGCUGACUACGCUCUUGGGAGUGACUUGGAGCCUGGACUUAAUUCUCUGUCUAAUGCAAGCCUACGAUUUUUGGCCUAAUGUCCUUUGGUUAUCCGACUACUAUCAUGCGGCCAUUGGGAUACCUAUUUUCGUGCUGUUCGUCCUUAAGGGCAGAACGCUUAAAGGGCUCAUUAACAGAAAUCGAGAUGAGAGAACGGAACCAGUUGUCGAAUUUCACAAAGUCGAAACAUCCUGUUAGCCAAACUUAAAUCUCAAAGAAUUUUGAAGAAUUAUCAUUAAUUAAGCUGAAAACCUAUUUAAGGAAAGUUACCUUUGUCUCCAUUUAAAUAAGACACCGAAAUUUGAAAAACAUAGGUUAAGUUAAAUAAAUGCAGUCAGACAAUUUUACAACUUCAA